AUGAAUUACUUUCACCGCCCUGCUUCUGCUUCAAAAGCUCAAGCUCGAGCUCAAGCUUCGACUUCACAAUUUCUCUUCAAUUCCUCCAGAUCUCAUCCUCAACCAAAUAUGGAGAACCAUCGGCAACAAGAGGAGUCAUCUACAUCGGCAGUGGCUUCUCCAGCCGAAUCUAAAAAGCCAAGGAAGAAGAAGGUUCUGUUGAUGGGAAAAUCAGGUUCCGGAAAGAGUUCAAUGAGAAGCAUCAUCUUCUCGAACUAUGUCGCAAAGGAUACGAGACGAUUGGGUGCAACGAUUGACGUCGAUCUUAGCCAUGUCAAGUUUCUGGGAAAUUUAACACUGAAUCUGUGGGAUUGUGGAGGGCAGGAUGCAUUCAUGGAAAACUACCUCUCCCAGCAACGUCAACAUGUCUUCUCAAGUGUCGGUGUACUAAUAUACGUUUUCGAUAUUGAAUCUCGAGACUUUGACCGCGACCUUUUAACAUAUCGCUCGAUCAUUACAGCACUCACUCAAUUCUCACCAACUGCAAGCAUUUACGUCCUUGUACACAAAAUGGAUCUUGUCCUUCCGAACACACGUGAGGAUAGCUUCCAUCAAAAAAUAUUAGCCGUCAGAUCCAAAUCAGAAUCUUUCAAUAUCGUACCAUUUGCAACAUCUAUUUGGGAUCAAUCACUUUAUAAAGCAUGGGCGGAAAUCAUCCAUGAUCUCGUUCCAAAUCUGGGAGAAAUAGAAAGACAUCUCUCUUCACUCGGAACUAUCAUUGAAGCUGAGGAAGUGCUCUUAUUCGAGCGCUCCUCUUUCCUUGUUGUUUCAAGUUGGACAUCGCCAGAAGGAGAAGCAAAUCCUACGACGGAUCGGUUCGAGCGCCUUUCAAACAUCAUCAAAAACUUUAAACAAAGCACUUCUCGUUAUACCGGUACACCCAAAUCCGCAGAACAGUUUAGCCUUUUUGAGUUGAAGAUGCCAAACUUUUCGGCCAUCCUUCCACCUGGAGAGGAACGAUUUAAUUGUGCUCUAGAGAACGCGAAGAUAGCUGCGAGGGACUUUGAAGAGCUUGACAGUCCAGCGAGGAAAAGUGCUGAUAGAGGGGCAACAACUACUGAGGCUGGGGUUAUUUAA